GGCCCCGGGGCACCCACCCUUUCCUUAGGCUCCACAGCACCUUCUCCGCCCCGUUUCGCACUCCCGGACACCCCUGCGCAUCAGUGCCAGGUGGUGGAGGCUGUGGGGGGGCCUGGCCGCUGAUUGGCUGCUGCGAGCGCGGGGCGGGGCGGGUGGUAGUCUCUCGACGUCCGCUGGUCCCCUCGUCUUUCCCGCCAUGUCGUUUGUAGAGAGCGGGCGGCGCUCCGCUCCUCUGCGCCGAAGACUCGGCACCCCUGUUCCGUUUGCCCGGCCGGCUUUUACCGCGUUCACUCAGGGGGACAGUUGGGGUGAAGGUGAAGGGGACGAGGAGGACGGAUGCGACCAAGUGGCCCGCGACCUGCGGGCGGAGUUUUCAGCCGGGGCGUCGUCGGAGCCUAGAAAGGGCUCGCUACUCCAGCGGGACAGGGACGGGUCGCCGGUUCUGCCCGAUAAGCGCAAUGGCAUUUUCUCAACGGUUGCGGGCGGACGAGCCCAGGCCCGGCGGUGGCCUGUCCAGAUCCUCUCAAUUCUCUGUUCGCUGCUGUUCGCCAUCCUCCUCGCCUUCCUCCUCGCCAUCGCCUACUUGAUCGUAAAAGAGUUACAUGCUGAAAAUUUGAAGACUGAAGACGUAGACACUGGGCUACUAGGAUUCUGGACUCUACUUAUAAUCUCUCUAUCUGCCGGAUUCUCCUGUUGUAGCUUUUCUUGGACAGUGACUUAUUUUGACUCUUUUGAACCAGGAAUGUUUCCUCCUACUCCUCUUUCACCUGCCAGGUUCAAGACUUCACAAGUAAGUCAUAGGAGAGGAAACCGGCGGGCAGGGGUUGUCUUUCUUUUCGGAGAGAAGAAAAUCAUGGAAACUGACUGGACACUCUUUCCACAUGGGCUAUAGCAUGGCAAUUUUGAAUGGCAUUGUAGCUGCUUUUACUGUAGCAUGGUGCCUCAUGUAAACCUACACCGAAGCAAUAUUUUUGGCAAAACCUAGUCAUGAUUGCUUUGUAAUCACAGGGAAGAACAUCAUUUGCCUACUCAGAAGACCAAGAAACCUGCUGUUCGUUAUGUGGUUCAGAUAUGUAUCAUAUCAUCGACAUUAUGGAGGACCAUCUUUUGUUGUUGUUUUUUAAAGGAGGACCUUCAUAACCAUCAUUCUAGAGCUUAGGCAUUGAGAAUAUCUGAGUAUUAAGUUUCAAGUAAUUUCUUAAAAGUGUAAGAUGUUUACCUCAUCUUUUUACUUUUGUAUGUGUUGUCCUUAUAAAUUAUAGAAAACAUUUUAAUGGAGAUCAAACAUAAAAACUUGAAUACAGGGCAAUGCUUACCUUGCUAUCUAUAAUACUACCUUUUUGCUAAGAAGUACUAGUAGUACUGUUUAACUGAAAUGGAAAUACUUCUUAUUUAUUCAUUAAAUGAGGAAAGCAAACAAUGCCUACUACUUUGACAUUUUAUAGAAGCUACUUUUAAAUCAGAAUAUUUAGUUUUCAGUAGUCUUAUAAUCAGUAGAAGGGUGCAUUUAUAUUUUUUUAUGGAGUAUAGUUCCUUAUGCGGUUUUUGGUUUGUUUUUUUUACAUAUUUUCUACUACAUACUGAAUUUGUAUGUUUUUAAAAUUGUUACAUUAAACAAAUGUAAAUGUUAUUUUUUAGUUGGUGCAAACCUAAUACCUACAAUUUUAAAUGAGUAUUUUGUCUUUUAAAAAAAGCAAAACAAAAACAAACAAACAAAAAAAAACCCCACCAAAAAAGACAAACUGCACUGAUCUGAGUUUAAAAUUAAAUAAACCUAUUUUAGCAAAAAAGGACUGAAAAAAAAGUAAGUUACUUAAGCCAUUAAAAUAUUAAGAAAUUUGAAUUGUUCACUAUUUCUGUUUCUAGUUGCAAUAUUUGUCUUGGUGUAUAUAUGGUUACUCCAACAGAACUGAUAUUAUUUUGUUUUUAAUAAAUAUAAAUCUGAAAUUUUUAUAUUUAGAAAUGCUUGAACUACUUUGUUUUUAAUCUCAAAAUUCUAGUUACCAAAAUAGAAGGUAUUUUGAUACAAUGUAUAUAUGUGUAAGUUUUUUAUAUAUAGUUUCAUAAUUUUCCUAUUUAAAUGUUCUAUAAUUGUGGUGUUAGUUUUUGUUUUCAUAGCAAUUAAGCUUAAUUGUUCCCACUUCCUUUCUAAAUACCUGUUUAGAAAAUCGCUUCAAUUUUUAGAAAGAUAGACCAUUUAAAAUGCUAUUUUCUCUGGCCAUGGAACAACUUAUCUUAGGAAAGCAUUGUGUAGCAAAACUACUUUAUUCAGGCUAAAUGGGAAAUGAAUAUGUGCAGUAUGUUCCUGUUAUCUGCUAAGUGUUGUUAUUGAGUAAAUGAUUUGAUAUUUCUAAAAGUCUUAACACUUUUUUACUACUCAAAAACGUUUCAUUGGAAAUAGCAAAUUGUGCUUCAAUUUA